AUGAGACGCCAUUCAAUAGCCGAAGAAAUUUACGAUAAUGAGUCUAAAAUCAACUUCGGCGUACCGGACAGCGUCCGAAGCGUGGACGAUGUGACACACAACCCAGCACUCGGGAGCUCAAUUCAACUAUUCGAGAGCGACCCCUCAACCGAAGAACAACAAAGACGGAUCGAAGUGCGAGAAUGGCUGGUCUUUAUCUGUAUCGUCAUUCUGGCAAUGAUGGAUUCGUUCAAUGCGACCAUUUUGAUCCCAGCCUUACCCGACCUGGCAAACACAUUCGCAAAGCCACUAGCAAGCACAUUCUGGGUCAACACGAUAUACCUCCUUUUCGGCGCAAGCAGCCAACUUUACUUUACAAUGAUGAGCGAAGUCUUCAACCACGGACCCGUCUGGAUUAUCGCCGUGGUCCUCGCGACAAUCGGCACAGGAAUCUGCUGCGGCUCCAUGAGUCUGGCGGAACUCAUAAUCGGCCGCAUGAUUCAGGGAAUCGGCGGCGGCGGUGCGAUGAGUCUUUGCUUCGUGAUAAUGACCGAUACGGCGCCUGAAGUUAUGCAGUCACGGUAUUCAUGCUAUAUCCUGCUGACGCGGAUGUGUGGUAGCAUCCUGGGGCCCGUCAUCGGAGGCUUGUUUGUCGAUAAUGCUGACUGGAGAUGGGUGUUUUAUUUGAACUUUAUUUUCUGCGCGCUUGGAUUGCUGGCGAUUCCAUUUGCUGUGGAUCUGCGCGCGUUGAAAUAUAUCCCGAUGCACAAAUUGCGCGUUUUGGAUUGGACAGGUACGACUUUAGCUUUUUUGGGCCUUGCAGCUAUUCUGGUUGGUCUAUCUUGUGGUGGGAGCUCGUAUCGCUGGGGGGAUUGGCAGACUAUUGUUCCCCUUGCGGUAGGUACUGUGAUUAUUGUUGCACUUCUCUUUUACGAGUCCAAGUGGGCUGCGCAUCCGCAGUUUGGGAGGAGGGUAUUUCGGUCGAGGAUGAUGGCUAUGACACAUCUAGGGUGCUUUUUGCAUGGCUUUGUGGUCUUUGCUCACUUGCAAUUCUUCCCGUUAUAUUUCAUUUCAACCCAUUAUAUGUCCGCCACUUUGUCAGGAAUCACCGUGCUAGCCAUGGUUGGGCUUGCGAUUGCACCAGCAACUGUUGUUGGUGUUAUUCUCGCGAGAGAGUUAAGAUGUACCCAGUGGAUCAUCUCUGGUGGUUGGGUUUUGACUGCCCUUGCGAGUGGAUGCUCCAUCCUCUUGGAUAACUCCACGCCGACCGUAGCGUGGGUAUUUUUGUUGUUCACAACAGGCCUCGGACAUGGUCUAUUGCUUUCGAGUUACAAUGUUCGCAUUCAGAAUCUGCCCAAAGAUGGGGAUGGCUCUCUCUCGACUCUGCCAACAACCAUGUCAUACUACAUGCGAGGUUGGGGUAUGGCAGUUGCAGUCCCUGUCGGCGGAGUUGUGUUGUUGAAUUGCUUCGGCAAUGGACUUGCAAGAGUUGGACUGGGUCGAGACAUAGUAAGCUCUACCAACGGAUAUCUCAUUCUGAUGAAGGAUGUGAGCAUGACAAUGAAUCAGAGAGAGACUAUCACAGUUGUUUCUGUCGCGGCAUUUCAAGGGGUUUGGGAUCUCGUCACGGGUGUUGCUAUCCUUGGGGGAGUUUCAUCUGGUUUCCUGUGGCAAAAAAAAUGA